GCAGUCGCCGGCGGGGAGACGAGGCGCUGCGCGAGGAAGAGGACCCGGGAGGGCGAGCCCGCGGUCCGCACCUGCGUGUCCGGGAGGGGAACUUCUGAACACGUGCCCUUCUCGAUGAACCCACAGUGAUCUCUUUGUUUUGCCUUCUCCCAGCUCAUGCAUUCUUCGAGUCUUGGUAACCGGAAUGUUUUGUCUGUUUGGGCUCCAAACGUUCAGUGGGACAGGAACCAAAGUUAAUUACCUCAUGACAUGUCCAGACGAACCUGAGAAAAUUGUGAGCUGUUGACUGCACUGCCUCUCUGAAUCAGCUGGUACUUCUUUUUGUCUCUAGUUUUAAAAGCUCCCCAGAGGGGACUUCCCUGGUGGCACAGUGGUUAAGAAUCUGCCUGCCAAUGCAGGGGACACGGGUUCGAUCCCUGGUCUGGGAAGAUCCCACAUGCAGUGGAGCAACUAAGCCUGUGAGCCACAACUACUGAGCCUGCGCUCUGGAGCCCGCGAGCCACAACUACUGAACCCCACGCGCCACAGCUACCGAAGCCCAUGCGCCUAGAGCUCGUCCGUGCUCCGCAAGAGAAGCCACUGCCAUGAGAAGCCCACGCACUGCAACAAAGAGUAGCCCCUGCUCGCGCAACUAGAGAAAACCCAGGUGCAGCAACAAAGACCCAAACACAGCCAAAAAUGAAUGAAUGAAUGAAUGAAUGAAUUUUUUUUAAAAAAGGCUCCCCAGAGGCGACCUGAAAUCCAGAAUCUUCUCAGAACAGGAUGGAGGAAAUUAUUCUGAAGUUCUCAUUAAACACAUUUAUCUCUCAAGCUUUGGAAGGAGCCAAAAUGCCAAAGGCAAGAAUUCCAGAGCACUGCCUACACUGUUUUGAUAUCCUGAUAAAUGUCUAACAAAUCUAGCAUGUGUCCUCUAGGCCUGACCAGUUGCUGGGCAAAGUUCCAGAACAGUGAGACAUCUUGGGAUUCAUCUGGUUUAGGAAAGACCUUUAACUACCAGGUGGUAGUCACCUCAAUGUUCUUUAAAUAGUCAAGUUUUGAGGUCUUUUCACUGGGGUCUGUUCUGAUGGCUGCCUCCCACCAGUGUGAAACAGAAGGAUGACCUUAUUCUGUGAGCAGGACAACUGUGAAGGAAGGAGCUGCGUGUGUGAAAGUCUGUGGGAAGAGAGAGCCACCCACAAUGUCCCCACCAAACCAGUCAGUGGAAGGCCUUCUGCAGGGAGCUCCCAACAGAUCCCUGAAUGCCACAGAAACUCCAGGGGCUUGGGAUCCAGGGACCCUCCAAGCCCUCAAGAUUUCUCUUGCUGUGGUCCUUUCCAUCAUCACACUGGCCACAGUCCUUUCCAACACCUUUGUGCUUACCACCAUCUUCCUGACCAGGAAGCUCCACACCCCAGCUAACUAUCUCAUUGGCUCCCUGGCCACGACUGACCUCUUAGUUUCCAUCUUGGUCAUGCCCAUCAGCAUCGCAUAUACCACCACCCACACCUGGAGCUUUGGCCAACUCCUGUGUGACAUCUGGCUGUCUUCUGACAUCACGUGCUGCACAGCCUCCAUCCUGCAUCUCUGUGUCAUUGCUCUGGACAGGUACUGGGCCAUCACUGAUGCCCUGGAGUAUAGUAAACGCCGGACAGCAGGCCACGCGGCUGCCAUGAUUGCCACCGUCUGGGCCAUCUCCAUCUGCAUCUCCAUCCCACCACUCUUUUGGCGGCAGGCCAAAGCUCAUGAAGAGAUGUCGGACUGCCUGGUGAACACUUCUCAGAUCUCCUACACCAUCUACUCCACCUGUGGGGCCUUCUACAUCCCGUCCGUGUUGCUCAUCCUCCUCUAUGGCCGGAUCUACACAGCCGCCCGGAACCGCAUCCUGAAUCCGCCAUCCCUCUACGGGAAGCGCUUUACCACAGCCCAUCUCAUCACAGGCUCUGCGGGGUCCUCGCUCUGCUCGCUCAAUCCCAGCCUUCACAAGGGGCAUUCUCAUUCCGCCGGUUCCCCUCUCUUUUUCAACCACGUGAAGAUCAAGCUUGCGGAUAGUGUCCUGGAGCGCAAGAGGAUUUCUGCUGCCCGAGAGAGGAAAGCCACUAAAACCCUGGGGAUCAUUCUGGGGGCCUUUAUCAUCUGCUGGCUGCCCUUCUUUGUUGCAUCUCUGGUCCUCCCCAUCUGCCGGGACUCCUGCUGGAUCCACCCAGCCCUUUUUGACUUUUUCACCUGGCUAGGCUAUCUAAACUCCCUCAUCAAUCCAAUAAUCUAUACUGUGUUUAACGAAGAGUUUCGGCAAGCAUUUCAGAAAGUCGUCCAUUUCAGGAAAGCCUCUUAGUCUUGUUUGGUGGCGACUCUUGUUAUCUUUU